UCGACGGCGAUGGGGCUCGCUGAGGAGGAAGAAGCGGGCGGACGGCGGCGGCGGCUUCGCGGCUGCUGACCCUCCGCGGGGAGCGAGCGGGGGGGGGCGGGAGGCCUGCGGUCCCGACAGGGCUGGGAGCAGCGGCGGCAAACAAGAAGGAUAAAUUGAAGAUUAUCAAAAUGAGCAGAAAGCCUCCACAUCGUCCCGGGAUCACAUUUGAAAUUGGUGCUCGUCUAGAAGCCCUGGAUUAUCUACAAAAAUGGUAUCCUUCACGCAUUGAGAAGAUAGACUAUGAGGAAGGAAAGAUGCUUGUCCAUUUUGAACGCUGGAGUCAUCGUUACGAUGAAUGGAUUUACUGGGAUAGCAAUCGAUUGCGCCCGCUCGAGCGGCCUUCGCUGAGGAAAGAGGGCCUAAAAGAUGACGAAUUUAUUGAUUUUAAACCAGGAGAAGAGGUUCUGGCUCGUUGGACAGAUUGCCGAUACUACCCUGCAAAAAUUGAAGCAAUUAACAAAGAAGGAACCUUCACUGUACAGUUUUAUGAUGGCGUGAUUCGGUGUCUCAAAAGAAUACAUAUCAAAUCCAUGCCAGAGGAUGCCAAAGGGCAGGCGCGCGAGAGGCAACAGAUAGCACCGGAGCUGAGAUUAGUGACGGAUAACGAGCCACGUGAAGAUUGGAUAGCUUUGGUCAAAGCCGCUGCAGUGGCAGCCGCGAAAAACAAAGCAGGAGUUAAGCCACGGACAAGCGCGAACAGUAAUAAAGACAAAGAGGAGAGAAAGUGGUUUAAAGUACCUUCAAAGAAGGAAGAGACCUCAACCUCAGCAAUUGUCCAGAAAGUCCAGAAGAAAGAAGAGCAGCCCACAUCCAGCGAGACAUUUGGAUUUCCUCUGGUGGAUGUCCCAAAGAUUGCCUUUGUACAGGCGGAGAACGCAUUAGCACACAAGAGGAAAAACAAUCUAGGCAACUCAUUUCAAGCAAAGAGGGCUCGUCUUAACAAGAUCACUGGAUUGUUGGCAUCCAAAGCUGUCUGGGCUGAUGGUGCUGAAAAGAAAGAAGACCGCAAAGAAGCAGCUCCAGUCUUGGAGCAGGAGAUAUCACCUAAGCCUCAAAGUCAGAAAAAAAAUGAAGCUGAUAUUAGCAGUUCUGCCAACAUUCAGAAAUCGGCACUGCUGCCCUCCAACUUGUCUUCAGGAAAGUCUCGCAGCAAGAAAUGCAAACAAGAAUCUGGAGAUUCUGCAGGGUGUCUAAAGCCCCUUAAAACACCAUUUUCCCCAGAGUUAAUACAAGUGGAGGAUUUGACCUUGAUCUCCCAGCUUCCUUCUUCUGGGAUAAAUAAAACUAUUCCCAAUCUUGCUCAUGUAACCCUUGAGAAGCAUGGACUAAGUCUUCCUCUUGACUUAAGCAGUAACUUGGAUGUUUCAGCCCUGUUCCCUGGGGAAGCUGCCCUCUAUAGCAAACAGCCCAGUCAGGAGAAGGAAGAGAACCAGAUUAUUAGAUGCCAUCUUUCCAAAACAGGAACGGAUGGCAGAAUAGCUCCGGUGGCCCCAGGAACACUGAAAAUUGAGAGGAAAUCAAAAUUGGAAGAAAGAGCCUCAUCUUUACUUGGUAAAAAAAAGGAGAAGGAGAGGAAAGAGAAGAAGGAAAAAGAUCUGAAGUCAAAACAGAAGAAGAAGAAAAAGAAAAAGAAGAAAGCGAAACAGCAUGAUUACUCUGACUUCGAGGAUAGUUCCCUCGACUACUUCGAUAGGUGCUCCUCCCCCUUCACUAGGUCUUCUGGCAGCUCGCUGACCCUCCGCAGCACCACGACGGAGAAGAGCACGUCCUAUCAGUACCCGAGGGCUAUUUUGUCGGUCGAUCUCAGCGGGGAAAACCUUUCUGAUAUGGAGUUUUUGGAUGACUCUUCCACCGAGAGCUUGCUGUUGAGCGGCGAUGAAUAUAAUCAGGAUUUUGAUUCGACCAAUUUUGAAGAGUCCCAAGACGAAGAGGACGCUCUGAAUGAAAUAGUCAGGUGCAUCUGCGAAAUGGAUGAGGAAAAAGGCUUCAUGAUUCAGUGUGAAGAGUGCUUGUGUUGGCAACACAGUGCUUGUAUGGGAUUGUUGGAAGACAGCAUUCCCGAGCAAUAUAUCUGCUACAUUUGCAGGGAUCCACCUGGUCAGAGAUGGAGUGCCAAAUAUCUCUGUGACAAAGACUGGUUGAACAAUGGCCACAUGUGUGGCUUGUCAUUCUUAAAAGAGAAUUAUUCCCAUUUAAAUGCCAAAAAGAUUGUGUCAACGCAUCGCCUUCUGGCCGACGUCUAUGGUGUUACAGAAAUAUUACAUGGACUACAGCUGAAGAUUGGAAUACUAAAAAAUAAGCAUCACCCCGAUCUUCAUCUCUGGGCUUGCACAGGUGUGCGGAAGGAUCACGACCAAAUCACUGUUGGAAUAGAAAGAAGGGUCGUAACUGUGCCCGAAGCCGUUAAUCCUUCGGGAAGGACGUGUCAUAGUCAAAAUCAUAAAGAGCCCCCUCGCUUAGCUCCAAAGAUGGAAGAAACGUACAUCAGAAGUGAACACAGUUACCAGAAACCGAGUUUUGGUCUGGAUUGCAAACCGGUGGUUGAUCCCACCAGCUCGGAGGAUGAUGAUGCCAGCAGUUUUGAACAGAACCAGGAGCGUCUCUUAGAAGAGAAAAACUGUUUACAACACUCAUCCACAGAAGAUGGUUUGGGCCAUCAGAAGCAUUCAGCCGAAGGGAACACCGUGUUUGUAUUCAACGAAAAAAGGGGAGCCGAGGAACACGUGGACACUCGUCUUCAGUGGCAGCUAAACCUCCUUACCCACAUAGAAAACGUGCAGAAUGAAGUCACGAGUAGAAUGGACCUGAUUGAGAAGGAAGUCGAUGUUUUAGAAAGCUGGCUUGAUUUCACCGGAGAAUUGGAGCCCCCCGACCCCCUCGCCCGUCUGCCUCAGCUCAAGCGCCGCAUUAAACAGCUCAUCUCCGACAUGAGUAAAGUCCAACAAAUUGCCACCCUCUGCUCUGUAUGACAAAAGGAAAGACGAAGGAAUGCACACAGGCAGCCGGGGCUCCGACGAUGGGUUUUCUUCCGUUUGACAAGACUCACAAAAGGGUACUUUUUAAAAAAAAAACGAAAAAACUGAAGCCUGAACGCUGUUCCUUGUUCUCUGCCAAUUCUCUCAUUAGGCUGAAAACGGCGCAUGAUAUGAUAGGGUAUAAAGGGAGAAACCUCCCUCAUCAAGGAAAGAUUCGUACCGGUUUGAUCUGAAAAAGCAGGGAAAUAAAAGAAGGUUGUGUCUUUUUUUCCCCCACCUCUGAGGGUUCGGAAACCUCAACCCAGGCAUGUUUUCCUACCUUUUCACACGCCAAUAUCACGGAAGAAGCCCCACAAACUGUUCAAAGCGUGAUCACAAAAAUAAGAAGCCCAGCCAAAGCAAUCUGCAUUGGAAAAGAAGGAACAAAUUUUACAUGGUUGAGUCUGGACAGUAGGAGGAGAUUUGGUCCCAGUUGGUCACUUGAAAGUUGAACAAAUGCCUGUUUUCCAUAGUACUGUAGAGAUCCAGGAAAAUGAAAAGAAAAAAAAAAAAUUAAAAUUCUAGCUUUCCUUUUCAGGAGAAAUUGUUUUUUUUUAAAUGGUAGCCUCUCUAUGAAUAUUUUUUUAAGCCAAGCCUUCCUUGCAUAUUGAAUCUUAUGCUCCGUUUUUAGAAACCAAACCUGGGAAAGUCAUAGUCAGAAGUGCCAAAAAAAAAAUGUUUUAACAAACAACAACAUUGAAACGGGAGUGUCAGUUUGUCCUCCAUAUUGCCAGCAUCAACCAGGAUUGCAUCAAAUCCAUAUUUGGGCAAGCUACAAUUAAAAGUAUUGAGGGAUGUUGUGUCUAUAAUGGCUGGGUCUGAGCUGCAAUACCCACUUUCCUCAGCUGGCUUGAGGAAUCAAAAGAACAUCCAAAACGCCAGGGAUUGGCUGUGAAAUGGGUCUACUCCCUACCUUUUUACUCUCUGUAACAUGAAAUGAAAGGAAAUAAUAUGAAAGUUGAAAGUUGGUUUUUAUUCCAGGGAGAUAAACCUAUGUGCGCCAAAAAUCUCAAAAAUAAUUGAUCAAUUUGCAAAACAUGGCAUGGUCUGUAUAAUCUCUCGGCGAAUCCCAAAUAUAAGUUAGGAGCUCCCCUUCUCGAAGGGGUACAAUGCAAAAUACAUUUCCUGUUAAAGGCAUUCGCUUAUGAUUUGGCAAAUCAUUAACGAAACCAAAGUCCAUUUAGUUAGCUGGGUUUUUAAAUAAAAUUCUGGGCCAAGCUCAGUUACUUUUAGUUUUAUCUGCAUUAUCGCUGCACCCAGUGCUCUAGUAUGCCUCUUGAGGUAUGCCCAUAUGUCUUUGUGUGCGUGCGGAUGUGUGUAUGCAUAUACACAGAUGUGAAUGGGUGUGCUCAUACACACGUUGCAUUCUAGAGACAUAUUUAUAUUGACAAGUCUAGUUUUUCUUACAAUAAAAAAGAACCUUGGUGACAAAAUAUUUAAAAUGUUACCUUUUAACAAGCUGUUUCUUAAAAAGGGGAGAUGGAGAGAGAGAGAGAGAGGAAGAGAGAUUUAAAAAAACAAUCUAUGUACAGAAAUUUGUAAAAAAUAAAUAAAUAAAUACUUUUUUAAAAAAAAUACUAACUCUUCAAGAGAGGCUGCAUUAUUGAGGGUAGCAAGAGAAUAUCAAGCUUAAAGCCUCCCAGACUGUUUCAGUGCUGGCAAUAUGUAUGAAAGUGUGAGAACUACAUGAAGGACAAUAAACUUGAACCUCGACGGGAUAGAGUACAAGCCACUGUACAUUAAAAUGUAUUUAAAUUUGCAAAUACACUGUCUAUAUGUAAGGUACUGUAUGUAAAGCUGUUUAUUAAACUAUUCUGCAUACCGCA